GGUCCCAUCGAACGGAAAGGGCUGGGAGGGCACGAGAACAAUGGCCUUUUCGCUUUUCGACCUGCUCUCUGACUUUAUCGUCGCCAUCCCUUCACAUUAAUUUUGCGUGCGACUCGCCCUCCCCAAUUCAAUUGGCCAUUGGGACUGCACCUGCCCUCGAUUUAAUGCCAUGGAGAUCACAGCGUGCCCAUGCCCCUGCGUCUCGCUUUCGUGGUGACGUAAAGAUUGGAGCUUGGCGGGGGAGGAGCAGGCGCCAGACGACGAUUGGGUCUGUAGGCCGUGGAUUCCCUUCUCGGGGGUUACUCUCGUCGCCCUUUCGGUUGGCGUCGGCGUGCUCGUCGCAGUGGAGGCGAAAGGGGCCGCCUCAUGCUAAGGGUGAGGACGACGGGGAGCUGAGAUCUAGACUCCAUGGAUCCGCCUUUCUCCGGAUUUGUACUCGACCCAUCUAAAUGUCGCAAGUUGAGUAUCGACGAGAAGAGAGAACUCGUCCAUGAAUUGUCCAAGUGGCCAGCCAGUGCUCCUGAGAAACUACAAACUUGGAGCAGGAGGGACCUAUUGGAGAUACUUUGUGCUGAAAUAGGAAAAGAAAGGAAGUACACAGGAUUAACAAAACAGAAGAUGAUUGAGUACCUUUUUAAAAUUGUCUCGGAGAAAAAGGCUGGAGAAGCCACGAAGUCAACUCCUAACCCAGCUUCUCCUCUCCCUCAACCUCUGCAAAAAAGACAAAGAAAGAAUGAUCACCCCUUGCGUCUAUGUGUUGUCACAAAUGGAGGGAAUGAAGGCAUCAGUAACUCAAGAUACUGUCAGAAUCUAGCUUGCAGAGCUACAAUGAACCUUGAGGAUGCGUUUUGUAAGCGUUGUUCGUGCUGUAUCUGCCACAAGUAUGAUGACAAUAAGGACCCUAGUCUUUGGUUGUGCUGUAGCUCAGAAACUUUCUCGCAAGGUAAUUCAUGCGGUUUGUCAUGCCAUCUUGAGUGUGCACUGAAGAAUGAAAGAGCUGGUAUUAUGAAUAGUGGGAGCUCUCCAAGUUUGGAUGGUAGCUAUUACUGCACACAUUGCGGAAAAGUCAACGACUUACUUGAGAGCUGGAAAAAACAGCUCAUGAUUGCCAAAGAUGCACGACGAGUGGAUGUAUUGUGUUACCGGAUUUCUCUGUGUCAUAAGAUUCUUUGCUCAACUCGGAAGUACCAGAGUUUGCAUGGGAUAGUUGACUCAGCAAUGAAAAAGCUGGAGGCUGAAGUUGGGCCUAUUGAUGGUUUACAGAGCAUGGCACGAGGAAUUGUCAAUAGACUUUCUGUUGGCACUGAAGUCCAGGGAAUGUGUGCUUUUGCUAUCAAUUCAUUAGAUUCUCUAUGCUCUGCCACUGUUUGUAAUAGGUCUCAAGUUGAAGGUAAGUUUCUAGCUGAAGCAAGUUUGACAUCCUCUAGCUUCAUCAACUUUGAAACCUCAUCCCCAACUUCAGUUACUUUGGCAUUAAAGUUUGAAGAUAGUGCGACAUUAUCACAAGAGAUGGCUGGUUGCUCCUUAUGGCACCGAAGGGCUGAGAUGAAGGAAUAUCCUAAAGAACCAACCUUGACUGUGCUUAUGCCAUUGAGAAGUUUUUUAGUAACAGAAUUAACUCCGGGUACGCAUUACAUGUUUAAGGUAGUAGCCUUCAGCAACCUGAGUGAGCUGGGCACUUGGGAACUCGGAAUAACGACUGAUGCCAUCUCGACUGAUGAUCCAGUAAGCUUUGCUCCAAUGAUAAAUGUGCCGAAAUCAAAUUGCCAAAGCCCCAAAACAAACAGCAGCAGCAUAUCUAACCCAUCAGAGGGAGAUGAAUCUCAUAAUAAUGGCACCACAUUUACUGACCUCAACAAGUCACCAGAAAGUUGCUUUCACUAUUUUGAGAAGACUGAGAUACAUGACUCAGAGAAACUUUCGGGCCAUGUUGACAGAGAUAUAAUCAACCAAAAUACUGAAUUUGACAGCAUCGCUAGACGAUUACAAGAUGUUGAACCUGAGGAAACGCCCGGUCACUCAGGUUCUGCUUUAGAAGAUGAGAUGAACUCAACAGUUCAAACUGAGUUCCAUAAGGACUCCAUUAACUCAGUGGAGAAUAUCCAGGUAUCUGAGCUCCCUAAAUUAGAUAACACAUCAAAUGUGCUGAAUGCAAAUGAGAUGGCUAUUGUUCCAUUUGAACGUCCAGAUCAAACUCUUCCUGUUACUCCUAUCCGGCUGGAAAACAGCAAGGAAGUUUCUGGGAGAGGUAGCAAAUUGAAACCGACCGGCAAUAUACUUUUGAAUUCAUCAGUGAAUCCAGAGACAGUGCCAACAAAAAGAGGAAGGGAGAAAUUCGUUGAGAUAUGUACAAAGGAUGGAACACUUGAAGGGUCCUAUGAGUACUGUGUGAAAGUUGUCAGGUGGCUGGAAUGCGACGGUUACAUUCAGACCAAUUUUAGGGUGAAGUUUCUUACUUGGUUUAGCUUAAGGGCCACACCCCAGGAGAGAAGAGUAGUCACUGUUUAUGUCAAUACUCUGAUUGAUGACCCAGCUAGCCUCGCAGGGCAGUUGGUGGACACUUUCUCUGAAACAAUCAGCUGCGUCAAGAAACCACCACAGGUGCCAACCGGCGGCUUCUGUACUAAGCUGUGGCAUUAAGAGUUGCUGAGCAAAUUAUUCGACACCUUGGAGCUUGAUUCAUUGGAGUGCAAAUUAUCAUUUUGAUUCUUCAUUGAAAAUUUGUUUAUGGUUCAGGAUUUGGAAGAACCAAAUGUCAAAACUAAGUAGCUACUAAAUGGAUUUAGUUUUGUUUCAUAGUAUUAUUGUGUAUGUUCUUUUGUUCUGUCCUCCCUACUCAAUACUAC